GGAAGGGUUCAUAUAUUUCCAUUCCUGACAGGGUGUGGGUUGAAACUUACCCAGCCAGCUGUUAGGAGCAACUCUGAAGGCAAGAAGACUGUCAUCAGAUUCACAAUGGAAUCUCUCAUUGCAGCAAAUAUCAAAUUUUGCUUUGAUUUUUUCCAAAAGAUCAGCAAAGAUGUUCAUUGUAAGAACAUCUUCUUCAGUCCUCUGAGCAUCUCGGCUGCCCUUGGCAUGGUCCACCUGGGGGCCAGAGGUGACAGUGCACAUCAGCUCAACCAGGUACUACACCUCAAUGAAUUUUCCCAGAAGGAGAGCAAACAACUGGAUCUCUGUCUGAAAAGAGAAGAACAAGAAGUGCAUGCUGACAGCUCUCUGGAGGGGCAGAAAGAAACGACAGGAUCUCUGCCUCAGCAGGCCGAGUCUUCAAAGGAUGAGAGUGGACUGUUCAGCUGCUGCUUCGGGCAGCUUCUCGCCAAAUUAGGCAGGAUCAAAGUUGAUUACACCUUGAGUAUUGCCAACAGGCUUUAUGAAGAGCAGGGAUUCCCAAUCCGUCCGGAAUACUUAGAUGCUGUGAUUGAAUUUUACCACACAACAAUUGAAAGUGUUGAUUUCCAGAAAGAUGCUGAAAAAUCCAGACGAGAGAUUAACUUCUGGGUUGAAUCUCAAUCCCAAGGUAAAAUCAAGGAUCUCUUUAGCAAGGAUGCUAUCAACAGUUUAACUGUGCUGGUGCUGGUGAAUGCCGUUUACUUCAAGGCCAAGUGGGAAAAAUAUUUCGACAGUGAAAACACAGUGGAUGAGCUUUUCUUUCUAAGUGAGAAUGAAAAGAAGAGUGUGAAGAUGAUGAAUCAGACGGGGCUGUUUAGAAUCGGCUUCGUGGAGGAGCUGAAGGCGCAGAUCCUCGAGCUACGGUACAUCAAGGGGAAGCUCAGUAUGAUCGUCCUGCUGCCGGAGAGCUCGGCAGACAACCUGAAAGGCCUGGAAGAGCUUGAAAGGAGUAUCACCUAUGAAAAACUCGUGGCCUGGAGCAGUUCAGAAAACAUGUCAGAAAAAACAGUAGCCGUCUCCUUCCCCAAGUUCAUCCUGGAAGACAGCUAUGAUCUCAUUCCUAUUCUACAAGACAUGGGCAUCACGGAUAUCUUUGAUGAAACAAAGGCUGACCUUACUGGAAUCUCUCCAAAUGCCAAUUUGUACCUGUCAAAAGCUAUCCAUAAAACCUUUGUGGAAGUGGAUGAAAAUGGUACCCAGGCAGCUGCAGCCAGUGGGGUUGUCGGCACUGCCCUUUCCGCACCAUCUUGGGAGACGUUUAAUGCUAAUCACCCUUUUCUCUUUUUUAUCAGACACAACAAAACCCAAACCAUUCUCUUCUGUGGCAGGAUCUGCUCUCCUUGAAAGGAGCAGACUGUCUAGUACUUGGGGGCUGGAAGAAAGUGGCAAUACCUGUCGUCUCCUGUAUCACCCGGGCAUUUGUGUUUUGCUAAGAUCUCAAGCUGAGCGAAUUCUAUCACGACUCCACACUCCCUUCCUCCAGCCAUUGGCCCUCGCUUGUCCUGACCUUUCUCUCACCCUGUAGCAGAUUUUCAUCUAAGUCCAUUAGCAUCAAAGGGUCCUUGCUCCCUCCCUAAGUGCUCACCACCCUAAGCUCUCAAGCAUAUAAAUUCACCCUCUGUGUCCCGAAGGUCAACAUAAUUGAGGAUGAUACUGAUUUUAAGUUACCAACCUCCCUAUGGAGGAAUCCUGAAAGUUCAAGUCAUUAGACCACAUCUAGGAAACGGCAAACUCAGAAAACACUUUACCAUGGGUGGCAAGAGAAAAUGUUUCAAUGGAAUGUCUUUUGGAAACUCAGCUCUGUUUCUGUGGCAGUUGAAAUCCUGGUGCAUCACUGGGCAAGCUGACCUGCCUCUUCCUCUUCCGUCUUCUGCUGCAUGGAGGGUGUCCUGUGAGGUGCUUCUCACUUGGGAGACAGUAGGGCUUAGGGGUGGAUUUAAGGGACAGCUCAAGGCUGUAAGACUUGCCCACCAGCAUGCAUUUUGCACAGAGCAGAAUGGUAUUUGUCUUGUGAAUCUGACACUGACUCAGGAGAGUGGUGAGUGGACUGAAAAGAGAUGAGUCUGUUUUCCUUACUGAGUCUGCUAGGCCGUCAUAAUGCAGCACUUCCUCCAUCUCUUCUUCACCUCCAUCCUCAGAGAUUUCUCCUCUGGAGUUACUCCUAAAUGCCCAGCAUGCUGAGAGCGGGAGAGCAGUGCUGCCCUCUCUGGGCUCCUCAUUCCCCUCUCUCUGUCCUCUGGCCGUGUGGACUGAUUUGUCCUCUGACAGGCCUCACAAGAGCAGGCCGGGACCAGGGCACGAUGCUCGUGGAAACACUUGUCAGGAGGGCUGCUGGCUUCUUCUCAACUAAAAGCCUGACACCAGAGUAGUCAAGACUCCAGGAUCCAGGACCUUUGUUCUUGGAUGUGUUGGUGCAAGUUCUUGAUCUCUGCCUCAGUGGCACACUCUGGAAUGACCGCUGACAUGCCUAACUUGCAGAAUCGGUUCUCUCCCAUAAAGGUGAAUUUCUGGCCUUGGCUGUGAACCAGUUUCCCUGCCCUGUGACCAUCCUUCUCCCAGGUGCCAGUGUGUUGGUUAAGUAUGGCUGUAGCAGUUUUUGCAGAAAAAGGUAGGGUAACUUCACCUGCUCUCAUGCUGGAUCCUCCCCUAGUUCUCUCACUAGCAAUUUCUUUGUGCUGCAAAAGACAAGUGUCAUAUUCUUCAUAGAGGCUUCUUAUGGUCGAAACUUGCUCAUUCUAUAAAAAAAUUUCUCAUUGGUAACCUGAGGCUGUUCUUCCUAGUCCUUUACCCAGAAUGAAUGUCCCACACAUCAAAUUUAUCUCAGAUAAUUGAAAAGUAGUCUCUCCUGUGUUUCAUUUGGGGGGUAACGUUUUGAGGGCUGAUUCCGUGCUGACAUGGCAUCACAGCUGGACACUGAGUGAAUAACCAUGCCCUGUAUUAUAGGUCUGACAUUGCUUUUGUUCUUAUUCUUUUCCUUGAUGAGCAUAUUUUCUCAUUUGUAUUGGGAUUUUCCAGAAUUUUAAUCAUGAGAGGAAAAUAAAUCUACUUGCAAUAAAGUGGAAGUAUACAUCUUAAAUCUUUCUGUAAGUCAAUAAACACAUCUUAGUAAAGUAAAUCUUUGAUUGAUUAAAAUGUUUCCUAGUAAAUAAAGCACUGUUGUCAUUUGUUAAAGUGUG